AUGUCGGAACCACUGUCGGAACCACUGACAGGCCACCCGCUGGAGCAGCAGUCGCAACCGCCCGCGCCGUCGCAUUCCAUCGCCGAACCGUCGCAGUCGCAAUUACAGCAGGACCACCACCCUACAACCGUUCCUGCUUUCAUCAGGCAAGUCAGGGCCAUGUUCGGUCUCACGGGGUCUGGUCACGCUGCAGAACAAGCUCACGAUCAAUUGCCCGAGCUCCUCCCUAAGGUCCCCAACUUUGGACCGGACCUGGACCUGGACCUGGACCUGGACCUGGACCUGGACCUGGGACACCUGGAGCUGCCGGCUGAUCUGUCUGCCUCCGUCGAGUUUGAACUGCCGCUCCAAGGCCAUAUCUCUAGUAGUGUGGAGGUAGACACCACCACGGGCACUCCAUCGCUAAGCUCCGCGAGUGUUGCCGAUCCACAUCUCAUCCAGGACCACCACCACCACCACCACCACCAAUUCGACCACCAAUUCCCAGCCCACGAGCCAGUUCUUACAAGUUGCCUACAAACAAGAAGCUCCAAUUUCGACGACGCCACAACCGCUACUUCCGCUUCUGCCGCUGCCAUCUCGUCAAUCUCGUCAACACCACAGCCGACCUCAGCAACGCCAUCGCUCUUCGUCUCCGAGGGCACCUUUUUGCUGCCAGCCGACGACGACUAUCCCGGCCCCGGCCCCGGCCCCGGCCCCUCCUCCAAUUACCGCGACUCCUUUGCUUCUGCCAUUCUCGACGAUCCCUUCUUCUGCCAACCCGUUGGCGCGCCCAAUAGCCAUACCAAUACCCAUACCCUCGACACUGCCACCACGCCUGAUUCCCAUCCUAGCCCGGCUCCCAGUCACGUAGCGCCCAGUCCGAGUCCGGGUCCUAGUCCCAGUCCCCAGUCCGAAUCGACUUACAGCUAUAAUCGCAAUGAUCCGCAACAACCGUGGCCUCCGCCUCGCAAAGAGUCUCUGAGAGUCGACAGCCCAACGCCGUGGUUCGAUCAUUCGCGAUCGAGACGUGCCAUGGCAUCCAUAAACAUUGCCGUCAUUGGCGCCUACGGCGCGGGCAAAUCUUCCUUCGUCCAGCGAGCUUUCCGCCUGCAACGACCGCCCGAGCUAAACGUCUCGACUCUGCGCAUGGAAAUCGACGGCACCCGAUACCUCGUUACCCUCGUAGAACUGGAUCUUGACGGCUUCAAAGACCUUGACCCUGGCCAGUCGAUACAAUGGCCCAAACAAAUAGACGGCCAUAUGGUCCCCCGCAUGGACGGCGCCCUGAUUCUGUACGACGUCACCAACACGGACAGCGUCCAUGAUCUCUCCCCAACCAUGACUUCCCUGGCCAACUCCUCCCUACCAACCAUACUUGUCGCGACGAAAUGUGACACCCCUGCGAGCAUACGGCAGCUGGAUAUGAACGCCGUAGCACACACCUUUCCCUCGUGUGUUGCCCAUCUUAGGAUCUCGUCCAAUAUUCCCGGCGGCGCUCGUGAAACCCUCUUGACCAUGAUCGACGCCAUCCUGGCCAGCAGAAGAGCAGAGACGCAAGAGAGGCCGCAAAGGUCCGUUUCGAGACGAAGAGCUGCUUCAGCCGCCAACCUGGAUGCUCCCCCCGAAGUCAACGGUCGUCCCAUCAGCCAGCACAGCAAACACAGUAGAGCAAGCUCCGACUUUUCGCUCCUAAAGGGCUUUGCGCCUCCCACCGGUGACGGUCCUCAUCAGAGAUCCCAACUUUCGAGGUCGCCGAGAAUGGAAUAUCUACACGCACAGUACGGCGCUUCCAGCCCGCAACCAACAGACAUCCCUGAGGAUGGCCCCCCACAUGCUUUGUCCGGCACGCUAUGUACGCCAGGGAUACGGUUGGAAAAGGGAUCGGAAACGUUCUUGGACGUUGAAGAGUCGGAUGCAGAAAGUCACCGUUUAUCAGACGAUGUGGUUAUCAUGCAGCGCAACCAGGAUUAUUUGGAAGAAGACGCACCGAAACUUACCGGUGUUACCUUCGAAGAGCUUGUCGACAGGAUUAUAGCCCCAAAGAUGAUGAGGGCCGACACCAACUUUGCCGACAUUUUCCUGUGCUUAUAUAGAAAGUUCGCUUCGCCAUGCGAGCUAAUGAGCGCACUCCUUUCGCGGCUGGACCGCUUAAAGGACGACACGGACAUGCCCUCUUUGCUAAGCAUUGAAAGCCAAAUGCGUGUUAUUGAGGUUGUCGCGAAAUGGCUCUCCCUCUACCCCGGCGACUUUGCCCGACCUGCAACGAGGAGGAGAUUGGAAGGACUAAUAAGCGACCUGGCAACGAACGAGGUCUUUUCCGCAGCAGCCCGGCAGAUGAAGGGGAACCUGGAGCAAAAGGUGGUGGACGAUGAUGACACGUGGUGGGCAAAGGCGGACCCGGUCGACGAAGAUGACGAGGAGGCGGGCAGGGACGUAGGGCGGAGGCUCGCCGAGUCUGUGACUUCAUUGCAGAUUGACGAGUCCGGCGCGUAUGAUCGUCGACGUCCAUCACACAGCUCAGACCUCUCUGGGGCUGACCCGACCGCGAAAUUCACGUACCAUUCCAUCGAAGACUACGAGCGCGAAGCUGCGGCCUUGGUACCGUCUCCGCAUCUACCGCUGAACAAAUCCCGCUAUCACACAUUUAUGGACAUCGACCCCGAUAUUGUCGCCGACGAGAUCACCCGCAUCGAUUGGAUCAUGUUCAGCUCUAUCCGCAUUCGCGAUAUGGUACGCCACGUCAGCCUUCCCGCCGACCAGAAAGAGAAGUGCCGCAGUCUCAAGAACGUCAACCGCAUGGUCGCCCACUUCAACCACAUCGCCCAAUGGGUCUCCAACAUGAUCCUCAUCCGUGACAAAGCCAAACAUCGCGCGCCCUGCCUGGAACGGUUCAUGGUCAUCGCUCAGGGACUGCGCACGAGGAACAACUACAACGGCCUGGCCGCCGUCUUGGCCGGCAUCAACGGCACCGCCAUCCACCGACUAGCGCAGACGCGAAAUUUGGUCUCGCAGGAUGUACAAAAGCGGUUCGCCCGGCUCGUCUUGCUCAUGGGCACGCAAAAGAGCCACUUUGCUUACCGGUUGGCCUGGGAGAACACGCCGCUACCGAGGAUCCCGUUCAUCCCCUUGCACAGACGUGAUCUGGUCUCGGCGGAGGAGGGAAGCAGGACGUUUGUGGGACCGAAUAAUGAUCGUAUUAAUUGGAAGAAGUAUGAGGUGCUUGGGGAGGUGUUGCUGCCCAUAAUGAGGAGCCAAGGACAGCCGUAUCCGAACUUGACCAAGCACGAGCCUAGUAGGGAGUUGAUUCUUGAUAUGAAGAUGCCGACGGAUGAAGAGGAUAUCUACCAGCGCAGUAUAACAGUAGAGCCGUCAACAGGUGGCGAGUCAACCACCAAGAAGAAAUUCGCUUGGCUCGUAAACAAAUCUUAA